UUGUCUAAAUCAGAUCAUAAUACUAAUCCACAAUGUCAUCAGUGUAAAAUGAACGCAUAGGAGUAGUAUUGAAAAUUCCAAAUCCUCAAAUAUAAUCAGUCUAGGUAUGAAAGAACAUUCUUCUAAUGUGGUGAUUAAGAUGUGUGUUACGCAUACCUAACUACCACCUAUCUUGACGCGUAAUACUGGCCUGGGUUAGAAGUAGGUUUAAGAAAUUGAGGGAAUAAAACUUAAAAAAUAGCAUCAGUUCAUAAAGAUAUUGACUAUUAGUUUGUUAAUGGACGCAAACUACUUGAUUAGACUCCUCACAUUCACAUGUAGUCAGUGGUUAGAGACAUUGUUUAAUAUUGCAAUGUAACAACUUACCUGUUUAUUUUGCUGUGUUUAAAGAAACUAAGUAUUCACCUAGUCUGCGAACGGAACAAAGACUCUGUGACCAAAGACCAAUAAGCUAGCUAUUUUGAUGCGUCCCAGCCCCGCUAACUAGAGAGAGAAGUCGUUCGAAUUUUGCUCCUCAAUAUUCACAUCUUUUGUUCUACGAACUAUUCCCUUCUUUCUAAGCAAUAAUCUUCACAUCGAGUUUUUCUUUAAACCAAGGCGAACGAUACUACGAUUUUGAUUGUAUUAACAUGUGCCUUGUUAAUAAUUUUCUUACACUGCUUUGAAACGAUAUAAAAAUCUAGACCAGUGUAUAUUUAAACCAGGAAUUAUGUUUAUUUUACGACUGACACUAAUUUCCUUUACUAUUUCUUCAUUUUAUUAUUCAUUUUGUCCAUAUUACAGAUUAAAUCUAACUUAGCUGAAUCGAAAAAGAAUGGUAUUGAACAAGUCGGUUCAUGGGAUCCAUUGCCUAAUAUUCAUGGAGAACAGUUGAUUGCAUUAAAUUUUGAACGUAUCUCCUACUGGAUUGGUAUGGGAGCUGAACCAACUGUUCGUGUAGCUGAAUUAUUAGGAUUAUGUGGAUUUUUACCAAUACAUCCAAGAUCUUAUUUAAUGGCACAUAGAGCUCGUAUUGCAAUGAUGAAAUAUUUAGAGAGACAAAAACAAAAACAGAAUGAACAGGUUACUGAUGAAAUCACAUUGAAAAGUGCCGAAACAGACGGAGGUGAAAACACAGUGGAUAAUCAAAAAGAUGACACUAAAGAAGUGGAUGUCGAUUUACGUGUUGAUUGCAUAUGGCGUAGAGGAAAUGAACCACCACACUGGUGGUAUUAUGGUUUACGCUAAAAAACGGUUGGUACCGAUAAAUUCUGAACCUGUGAAUUAGAUGUUCUCUUUUGAGAGCAGUAAUUUCCUGGAAAUGUAAAUAAAUAUCUUCUUCUCCUUCAAAUCAAUUUGUUUGUGUUUUCUCUAUGUUGUUCUGUUACAAUGUCACCAUCAACUUACAAUUAUAAAAUAUGAUUGUGUUUAAUUGUAUCAGUAAUGAAGUGAACGCUGGCAUGCAUUUGUUGAUUAUAUCACAAACAGUUUUGCUAGACAACCUUCGAAAAUCCAAUAACAUUGAAUAGCCAUUUCAUUCUGUAGUGGAAAUCUUCAGCCAUGAGUAUCCAUCCAUAGACCUCCCCCCUAUCCAGCGAUUCAACUAGGGAUUAUCAGUCUAUUCCAUGGGUUUUAAAAUCAGUCCAC